AUGGCGACCCCGGAAGAGAAGGCUACGGACCUCAAAAACCAAGGCAACAAGGCCUUUGCGGCGCACGACUGGCCGACCGCGAUCGAUUUAUACACCAAGGCCAUUGAGCUAAACAGCAAAGAACCCACCUUCUGGUCCAACCGAGCUCAGGCCUACUUGAAGACGGAAGCGUACGGCUUUGCUGUCAGAGAUGCCACGAAAGCCAUCGAACUCAAACCGAGCUUCGUAAAGGCCUACUACCGGAGAGCGACAGCAUACGCCGCCAUCUUGAGGCCCAAGGAAGCCGUCAAGGACUUCAAGACUUGCGUCAAGAUCGACCCGAGCAACAAGGAUGCCAAGCUUAAGCUGGUCGAAUGCGAAAAGAUUGUGCGACAGAUCGCCUUCUUCGCCGCCAUCGAGAUCGGGGACGAGCCGUCGGCUGCUGAGGGUCUCGAUGUGGACUCGAUCGCCGUAGACCCCGCCUAUGACGGCGCCAGGUUGGAAGGGGGAAUGACGCAAGAGUUCAUCGACGACAUGACCGAGAGGUUUAAGAACGGGAAGUUAAUACACAAGAAAUACGUCUACCAGAUUAUCCUGGCGGUCAAGAAGCUUGUGUACGACGAGCCCACCAUGGUCGAGGUUGAAAUUCCCGAGGACGUGAAGCUUACUGUUUGCGGUGACACCCACGGGCAAUAUUUCGAUCUCAUGGAGCUGUUCAGGUUAAACGGUACGCCGGGUGACAAGCAUUGGUACUUGUUCAACGGCGAUUUCGUGGACCGGGGUUCUUGGUCGACCGAGAUUGCGCUGCUCCUCUACGCCAACAAGUGGCUGCGGCCGAACUGCUUCUUCAUCAACCGCGGCAACCACGAGACAGACGACAUGAACAGGGUUUAUGGAUUCGAGGGCGAGUGCAAGGCGAAAUACAACGAGCGCGUCUUCAAGCUGUUCUCUGAAAGCUUCUCUGCUCUACCGUUGGCGACUUUGAUCGGCAAGAAGUACUUUGUACUACACGGUGGUCUCUUCUCGGACGACAACAUAACGUUGGACGACAUCCGGACGCUGGAUAGGCACAAGCAGCGACAGCCCGGGCAAGCUGGCCUGAUGAUGGAGAUGCUCUGGACUGACCCGCAAACCGAGCCCGGGAGGGGCCCUAGCAAACGUGGUGUGGGCAUGCAGUUUGGCCCUGAUGUCACCAAGCGGUUCUGUGAGAAGAACGGCCUGGAGGCGGUCAUCCGCAGCCAUGAGGUCAGAAUGGGGGGCUACGAGGAGGAGCACGACGGGAAGUGCAUCACCGUGUUCUCGGCGCCCAAGUACUGCGACAUGACAGAAAACAGGGGCGCGUAUAUCAAUAUUGGCCCCGACUACAAGCUCAAGUUCACGCAGUUCGACGCUGUCCCGCAUCCCAACAUCAAGCCUAUGGCCUAUGCCCAAAACUCUGUGAUGUCCUCGCUCAUGUAA